AUGAUUUCCUCAAUUAAUAAGCAUGCCAAGAAGAGAUCCAAAUUGAAGAAGGAAAAAAUUGAACAACCAACAGAAGUUUAUCCAUGUGAUUAUCCAGUUUUAGGUUUUCCACCUCAACCUUCUCAUGAAACAUACAAACUUAAAUUGAAAUUUGUUCCAACUUUUUGUGAGUUGAUCAAAUUCUUUGUAACGAUCAAUGUUCUCAGCUUUGUGUCAUGUGGAUUAUUUGUCAAGUGUUGCUUGGCAAAUUAUGCCAGAAAUUACAUGAAUAGAAAUAUUCAUAUUGAAUUGGAAUCAGUUCCAUUAGAAGAGCUGCUCAAUAAUAAUAAUAUCACAGUUUCAAAUAAUGAGAUUGCAUUGCAACAAGUGACUGUAGUUGAAACUGUUAUCAUUCAACCUAAUCAACAAUAA